CCCGGCCCGGCCCGGCCCUGCCCGAACAUGCGCCGAGGCUCCGGCUGCCGCCGCUCCGCACACACCAUGCGAGCUGGCUGCGGCGGCCGCCGGGAGCAGCAGCCGCAGCGCCAGCCGUGCCCGAAGCCUUCCCGCCCUCCCCUCAGCCGCUGCCCGUCGCGACGCCUCCAUGGACGCCCAGCCGGCCGGCAGCGCCGGCGCCCGGUCAUCAUCAUCAGACCUCAACGUGGCUCUACGUGAAUGUAUGGCAGCUCUGGAUUUAUUUCUUAACAACAAGUUCUCGGAUGCUUUGGCUUCUCUACAAGCAAAAACUAAAGACAGCAUGUAUCAUGCCCUGACUUAUGCCACCAUACUGGAGAUGCAAGCUAUGAUGACAUUUGAUCCUCAGGACAUACUGAAUGCAGGGAACACAAUGAAGGAAGCUCAAGCCACCUGUCAAAGAUUUAGGAAGAAAUCUACUGUAGCUGAUUCUAUCAACAACCUUGUGCAUAGGCAAAGCCUUGAACACUUCACUGAAGAGGAAAUCCAUGCAGAAAUUUGUUAUGCUGAAUGUUUACUUCAGAGAGCAGCGCUCACAUUCCUCCAGGAUGAGAAUAUGGUCAGCUUCAUAAAAGGAGGCAUCAAAGUCCGCAACAGUUACCAAACCUACAGGGAGUUGGACAGUCUCAUACAGUCCCCACAUUAUGUCAAAGGAGAGAACCAUCUUCAUUUUGAGGGAGGUGUAAAACUUGGAGUUGGAGCAUUUAACCUGACAUUGUCCAUGUUUCCUGCACGGAUUCUGAGAUUACUGGAGUUUGUUGGAUUUUCUGGGAAUAAGGAACAUGGUCUGCUGCAGCUUCAAGAGGGAGCAUCAUCAUACAGCUUUAGGUCGGUGCUGUGUACCAUGCUGUUGCUUUGCUAUCAUACUUUCAUGACCUUUGUGUUAGGGACAGGAAAAGGAAAUGUUGAGGAGGCAGAAAAACUACUUAAGCCUUACUUGGCACGCUAUCCAAAGGGAGCCAUAUUCCUGUUUUUUGCAGGCAGGAUAGAAACACUAAAGGGUAAUAUUGAUGCGGCAGUCAAUAGGUACGAGGAAUGCUGUGAAGCUCAGCAGUACUGGAAGCAGUUCCAUCACAUGUGCUACUGGGAGCUGAUGUGGUGCUUCACCUACAAGCGCCAGUGGAAGAUGGCUUUUUUCUAUGCAGACCUGCUGAGCAAGGAGAACACUUGGUCCAAGGCUACUUACAUUUACAUGAAAGCUGCUUAUCUCAGUAUGUUUGGACCAGAUGACUGCAGUCCUUUUGGAGACAGCGAAGUUGAAUUAUUUAGGAUUGUUCCCAGCCUGAAACUGAAAAUUGCAGGGAAAUCUCUGCCCACAGAAAAGUUUGCAAUUCGGAAAGCACGACGGUAUCUCUCUUCAAACCCUGUUCCUUUGCCUGUCCCGCCUUUGGAAAUGAUGUAUAUCUGGAAUGGCUAUGCUGUAAUUGGAAAAUGUCCCAACUUAACAGAAGGCAUGUUAGAGACUUUAAAUGAAGCAGAAGAAGCAUUGGCAAGAAGUUCAGCAACAGAACUACUGGCAGAUGACCGGUGUGUGAUCAAGCUGUUAAAGGGAUUAUGCUUCAAGCAUUUGGGCAAGAUCUCAGAAGCAGAAGACCACUUUAAUUACAUCUAUUUAAAUGAGAAGAAGAUAAAAUAUGACCAUUAUCUAAUUCCAAAUGCCUUGCUGGAGCUGGCAAUACUGUAUCUGGACCAGGAUAGAAGAGAAGAAGCAAUAAAACUUCUGGAAAAAGCAAAACAAAACUACAAGAAUUACUCCAUGGAAACAAGGACACAUUUCAGAAUUCAAGCUGCCCUUCACCAAGCCAAAUCCGCCCCAGAAAAUGGAAUGCACUGUGGAGCCUCGGCAGUAUCGUAACUUUUUCUUCUUUGAUGUUCUGUUUGUUGCAAACUUUGGUGCAGAAAAUUACUGACACUUUAGAAUUAUUUUUCCUUCUCUUUCAAGUCAGUGAAAAACCAAAUAACUUAAAGUUUCAAACGUGAUGCAUAAAACAUUAAUCUAGUGUAAUAACAUGGCAAAAAAAUCUCUCAAACCAACCAUAACCUUGAAAAAUAUUGUUUUUCCAACAGUGUUUUUUUGACACUUACACACACCUACAUCUGUGCAAUUCAUUUUUCAAUUGUGUGCCUUUUUCUUGCAUUCACAACAUUAUGUUGUAGCUUGCUUAGUGAAAGGGGAACAUUUGAAAAGAAAACAAACAGCAAAACUUUAAGAUGUCCAGAUUUAAUCUCAGUUAGUUCUGAAUGUUUUUUUGGAUCCAUACUGCUAGCAGCUGAGAAGGAAGCAUUGCUUUUUCCCAGUGCCCACUUAGUUGGAAUGGUGGGAGAAAAUCUCACAGCAGGGAGGAGCUCUGGAUCCUGGGCACAUCUAGUUGUGCACAGAAAGCUUCUCUUUACCAGCUCCUACCAGUCACAUUUUUGCUUCUGUAAGAACCCUGCUGGUGAAAAGAAUGGUCUCCCUUAUGCAAGUACCUUGACUUUUUCUUUAGUUUGGUUUUCCUGUCAAGUCUGCUGCUUGUAGCAGCUGAAUUAAUUUGCUGAGGAUUGCAGGGGGAAAGGUGGUGAUGGCAUAAAACUGCAUCACUUCUUCUUUGACAGUGGGAGUUCUUAGGAAAUGUCUUUUGUCAGAUGAACAUGAUCUGAAGCUUAUGUCAAAUUGAAAGCACAAGUCCUCGAAGGUCAUUUAGGAAAUGGCAACACUGCAGUGGCUGGAGCAAUACAGGAGUUACUGUGACAGUGCAGCCCUUCCUGCAGUGACUGCUCUUAGGAUUCCCAAGCUGCGAUGUCCCUGUUGCACAAGGCUGAUGUUCCCUGUGGGAGGAAGCUGGGGCUGGAGCAGGCUCCCUCAGCACAAAGGACAGCCCUUUAUCCUUCUGCUCUUUAUGGAUCUUUUGGGAAAUUUUCUGUGUAAGGGGCUUUGAGAAUAGAGCAGUGAGCUGGGUCUGCUUUCCAAUGCUGCCAUGGAGUUCCUGCUUUGCUGGAAAACUGGUGAAGUGAGUGGUGCCACAGCUUUGCCUUGUGUUUGCUGUUCUCCAGCCUAGCUCCAUGUCUGUAUGCCUCUGGGGUUUUGGGACACACUUCUACCUCCCUUUUGAAAGAGCUUCUUCCCCAUUACCCAUUCUGAUGGGUGGAGAUGGGAGGUCUUCUGACAGCCCUUUUUCUCCAAUGGAGACGUUUGUCAGGAGGAUUCAUAUCUAUGUACCUCACAGUGCAUAUCCUUUCUAAAGUGAUUGUUCCCAGCAGAAGAGAAAAUUGACAGUUUAUAGCUCUGCAUUUGCCUCCUCAAAGGAAAUAAAAUUGUUUUAUAACUGUAGAUUAAUAUGCAAGGAGACAGAACCACCAGUUGCUCAACACGAGGAACUUGCAUUGUCUUAAAAAUAGAUGCCCUUUAUAAAAGUCUUUGCAAGUUAAAAAUCACAGAAAAAAGAAUGCAUUUUUUAAAGUAACUUUCUCAGAUAAAUUAAGUUCUGAUAAAUUUCUUGAUUCAGAUAAAAUUCAGUAUAAACAGUUAUGCUAUUUACAUGCUGCACAUUAAAACUUCAGUGUAAAAAUUCAGUCAUUCUUUGUAUAGAAUAAAAAAAAUUUCUUGUUCUACUUCAUGCAUAUAACGCCUCUUCUUCCAGUUGUGUCCUUUUCAAAUAUUUUGGCAGCCUUAGCAUCUUUUAAACAGUAAUUCUAUGUGAAAAUUAGCAUAUAUUGUACUUUGCAGAAAGUGAACAAUCCUGAGUAUAGAUUCAUUUCUCAUCUUUGAAAUUUCACUCACAACUUGGUUUUGCUUGAUCUUACAUCACAAAAGGAUGUACUAUGUGAUACUCAGACAGCUUCCCUGAUGCUUUGCAGCAAUGAUAAUCCUAACAUUUUCCUAAGGUUUUCAUAACCUUCCUAAGAUUUUCAGAGUCAUCUUUACUCAAACACCAGCACCAGUCACACUGUGGGCCUGAUCUCCACCUUCAGCUGAGUGCUUUGCAGUUCACUGUGGUAUUUCACUCUGACCCCUUGGCUCCCAAGCCAUAGCAAAUAAUCACCUUCCUGGUACAAUGAGGAUUUAUGGUCUGUAAUAAUAUGGAUUCACUUGAGGAGAAGAUGAGUGGAAGGUCUGAUACAUUGUCAUUGUGUAAGUUUUUUGAUGUGUUACAUUUGCAAUUGCCCAACAUCACUCUGCUCAUCAGUUCCUUCAUUUUGGUGCUCCUCUGUGGCAGGGAUCCAAACUCCUUGGGGUCAGGCUGGGAUGGAAGGUUGAUGCUGGGCUGGUUUUUCCAUUGCUCCUCCAGCAGUGCUGAGUGGUGCCCGGAGCAGCUCUGCAGGAGAGUAAAUUGCUUCAUCAGUCUGGAGUCCCAAAUGCAGUGAAUCAGGGGAAGCACAAAGGUGUGAGUUCUCCCCUCAGGGUGCUCAGCAGAAAAUAGCAGAUACUGUCAUUGAAUUGCACAUCAGAGACUGAAGCAUAGCCCAAGAUUCAGGAAAUGGAAGUAUGACUGCAGAAGGAUAUAUCCACACCUCAACUGCAGAAGGAGCAGUUCCUUCUGCAUUCAAACACUGAAAUGUCUGAGCAAUGCUUGAGAAACCCACUCUGUGCACCAGCCUUAGCCAGCAAUGCUGCAAUCAGCUCUUCCCCACCCUCAGACAGAAGAAAAGUUUUCUGCACUUGGUAUGACCUUUAUCAUAAACCUCACAAACUUCAUUUCUUCUUCGAUGUAUUUUUUUUUUUUUAACUAGGAAAUGUUUUCCUGCCAGUAACCACGGAGAGGUAGAAACUCCUACUCAGUUUCCUGGAUGUCUGCAGCAGCAGCUGUGGUGCCCCAUGGGACAAUGCUGUCACCUGAAAGUGGUGCUGGCAGGAAGGGCAAGGCAGUAAAAGGGGCAUCCCUUUUAUCAUGAGCUCUGUGAUGUGGAAUCCCUGUGUGAAAGGUCUCUCAGUGAACUGGGGGAGGAGAGGGCUGAAGAGCCAGCAGCUCCUGCUGAGCUCUGGUCAGGUGCAACUGCAUCAGCCCCCAGCUCCUGUGAGUAACAUGAGAUGAGAUGCAAACUGUUGGGUGAAGGAUGCUGGAGCUGGACCUGGGCACAGCUUUUCUGGGUGGUUAGAAGAGAAUUUGAUGAUGUCACAGCCAUGCUACUGUGAUCUGGAAACACACAAUUAAGAUUGCUCAACUCUACCUGUGUCAUAGGAGCCUGCUUUGCUUACUGACUGGCUGUUCAGUUGCCAGCUGACACGUGCCAUCAGGGAUGGGUGGUUUAGGGACUGUCCCCUUCUGACUGUGCCUGCCCUUGGGCUGUUUACUCCUCAAAGCUUGGCUUAGGAAACAGCAUUUUAUGAAAUACAGCAGCAUAGAACAGGAUCAUAUCAAACAUUUCCUCCCAUUUCACACUGGUUUUGGCAUUAAAUUCUGUAUUGAGUGCUUUAAUAUUUUUAGUUAUCUGUGGCUUGGGUCCAAGACUAAAAGCUCACAGGCUGACAGCUUGUGUUCCUCUGGCCCAACAAAGGCACCAAGUAAUGUUUCUCCACGUGAGACAAGGCUUUCCUACAGGUCAGUCCCAGAAUGCAAAAAGCACUCCCAGGAGUUUAAAUAGAAUACUCAGCCUCCAGUUCCACUUGCAAGAUGCAUUUCUUUGCCUUCUCAAGCAUAAAAACAAAGCAAAUGUGUAUGAAAUGACCGAAACAACGCAUUCAACACUGUUCCCCCUCUGGGAGGAAGGGGAGAAGAUAAAGAGGUGAGUCAUGUUGUUUACUGCUCUACAGGAAAAUGGGUAAUGGUUGGCAACAUCACUGAUGAAUGAGAUUGGGCAACCUGAACAGACUAGAAAAAAACUUGCUUCUUUUCUCAUUAUGUUCUGCAAAUACAUUUUGGUGGCAGGUGAUGUGCAAAGCGUGUACCAGCAAGUGUUUUAAUUGAAUGAUUUGUCAUCAUAGAAUAUUUUUUAAAGAUGCUAUCUAGGCUUGCUUCAGGUGUUUAAAAAAAAAUCCAAAUACUUGCUUUUAAGGACAUGCCCAGUCAAUCCCUGUCUCCAAGAUUUAUGAAUAGCAACAGAGCUAAUAAAUACCUGCAUUGCACUGUGGUAAGGUUCUGCAUAGUGUUUGCUCAAAUUCAGUCAUGACACUGUAGGACUGGGCUUUACUCCAUUAUUUUCUGUGUUUUUUUUAAACCUCUGGACCUACUUAUUUUCAUUGCUGACUAAGCAUAGGCAAAAUGUUUAUUUAGAAUUAUGCAUUGCAGGGAAAUCUACUUGCUUUCUCUCUCCUUGGCUGUUUUACAGGAAGAAUACAAAACAGAUCAGUCAUAACCCCCUGCAUGCUUUUUAUGGGUUGAUUCAAUUUUUAAAAAGGCAAAGAAAAGUUCAUCUUGUGCUAGCAAAGUGCAGGAACAGCAGUUUCAGGCCUGUGGCCUAAAAGUAUUGAUGUGGUGGAAAGAGAAGAUAGGCAGAAGCUGCAAUACUCUGGAUGGUUCUCCUCUUGCUAUUCCUUUCAUCCCGCAGCGCACAGGGUGUGAAGGUAAGAACAGCAUCCUUGGUGCUGGAGCUGUGUGGGAUGUUUGUGUGCAGUGCUGGAGCCUGGAGCCGUGCUUGGUGUCAGCUGUGUCACAGGGGCAGUCCCAGGAGGAGCUGGUGCUUGGGAAUGCUUUCCCUGAUGUUCUGGGGAAGGUGCCCAUGUGAGAUGCCUGCAGCUGCCUCUGCUCUGCAGAUGUGGAACAGGAACUGUAUCUCAGUAGAGUUCAGUAACUCAUUCUGGGGAGUGAAGCAAGGCUGUUAACUCCAGAGGAUCCUAGAAUUACAUAGCUCAUGUUCAGUGUCAUCUUCGUCUGGGUACAGUACCCAGCACUGCUCUCACCACCACUAGGUUGUGCAGCUGCAGAGGUUUUUAGAUGCAAAGGUCAGGGCCAGUUACAGUUUUGAUAUUUCAGUCACAGAUACAAUAUCAGGUUGGAAGGGACCUCAAGGAUCAUCUGGCCCAACCUUUCUUGCCAAAAGCAGAUGCUAGGCAAGGUGGCAUCCUGUCCAGCUGAAUCUUAGAAGUAUCCAAUGUUGAGAGAUCUAACAUUGUCUGGGAGAUUAUUCCAAUGACUGAUGCAAUUGUGGAAAAUGUGGUUUGUCUUUCAUUCUUAGGGCUUGUGGAUACUGAAGUCAGGUUUCCGUUCUGUGAUGCUGGCUGGGCUCAUCACUGAUGCAAAUAUAUGUUGGUAUUUCUAAGGAACAGCAGGAAUUCCAUGCACAGUGUCUUUGCUACAGCUCUGUUGUCUGAUUUGUCACACACACACAUACAUAAAGAAAAGCAUAUAUAAAUAUACAUAAAACAUCAAUGUAUGUAUGUAUACUCACACACAGUGGUAACAGGUUCUGGAGCCAAAGCUUUUUGAAAAGUUACCAGAACUGCUUGAACUAUUUAUUAAAUAGUUCAAGGACUUAAAAAAGGCAAGGUACUUUAAGACAGCUUUGGUGAUGGCUGAGGAAAAUGCAGAGGUUAAGGGCUUUUACUAAUGGCUUGCAGCAGGAUCACACUGCAGGACUGCACAGUUUGCAGCCUUCUAGAAGACGAAAUCCCAAGUCAAACCGGCAGUCUAGCAAGAGCCCUUCAGUGGUGUAACCUCACAAAAAUGCAGUUUUAUGCUCUAGAUUUGAAGGGCAUCAGUUUUCAGUCUGGACUAGCAGAGCUCUGCCUCAGUGGGAUAGGGCCUGGGAUGGCUCUGUCCUGCUCAGAAAAAAAUCUGGGAGUGAUUCAUCCUUUUCCCCCUUGAAUUCUUGUCUUGACUGCCUUCCUCAAUCUGCUUCCCCAGCAUGAAUCCUGGAUUAUACAGGCAGCUCCUGAUAAUGUGGCAGAAGUGUGGGCAAGAGGCUGAAAAGGUGAGGUUUGUCUGUCAUGGUGCAGUGAGAGCCCUGGCAAAAGGGCAGCCAGGGAGGGGAGUGAGGCUGAGAGAGUGCUCAGUGCGGGCAGCCAGCGAUGAAUCCAACAUUUACUGCUGUGUGCAGAGCUCUUGAAAUGCCUUCUUGCAAAGAAAGACAAAUGUUUCAUAAGGGUUGGUGCUGCAAAGAGCAGGUUUAUUAAGUUUCUGCUGCUUGUUUUCCAGCUGGGAGGACAGAGGAGGGCUGGGGGCUCUCUGUGCACGCUCUGUGGCUGGGCCCCUCUUGCUGAGUAAGCAAAUACCUCGGGCUGUGGGAACACAGAAAGGGCUCUGCACAAAGAAUUUCUUCAUUAUAAACUCCUCUCUGCAGCUUUUACUUAGCAAAGUGUCAGAGCAGAGUGGAUGUUGUAAUGAAUCAGUUGCUAGCGUGAAAAUACGGUUAUUUCUUCUGCUUAAAUCAAAAAGAUGCUUUAGCAGAGUGCAUUUAGACUGUUCUCUUUAUCACAAAGCAUUAACUUUGCAUUUCAUACCAAGAAUUCCAAAGCCCCAAACUCUUAUCCCAGAACAGGUUUAAAUGCAAGACAAUCUGCAAAGGAUGGUUAGCAUAAAUUAUAUUCUUCAAAGUUAAAUGCUAUAUAAAAGGAAAAGUUAAUCCUUGAAGCUGAUUUUUAUUCUGGGUAUUAAGUCAAGAAGGGUACUUCUGAACAGAUUUUAUUCAUGUGUUUUAUAGGCUGUCAACUAGAAUGUAUGUUUUUAAUAAAAAUGUGGUAUCUGUAACAAACUGUGUUUGCAGUCAGCCAGCAUCCACAUUUUUUCCUGAGUCCUUUUAAUCCAGGCUUUAACUGCUGAGAGACCCUGUAUGUUUCGUUUCAGCCAUCUUGUUAUUUAUUUCACUGACAGUCUGACUCAAAAGAAUUUUCAUCUUUACCACGAUUGCACAAGGACAGGAAAUGUUGAAGUCCUGAAACUGUGGCAACUGAAGUAAAUUCAGGUAUUUCAUAAUCCCUCAGCCCAGAAAUGUACCCUUCUGUCAGGGAAGACUGCCAGCCUUCCAAACACAGAACUACUUUCAGCCCUGGGAAGCUGCAAGACCUAAGAGCUUUUAAAUAUGUGGCUCGUGUUCCUUAGAAAGAAAUGCUCUGGGCUGGGUUUGUUUAUAUAUGAUUCUCCCCCAGAUUUACAUAAUGAACUGACAACAAGUAAUAAAGAUUACCAUCCUUAGAUGUAAAAUUAUUGAAGUGGUAAUUCUUGCAGUAUGCAAGAAUUUUUAAGCAUGAAGGUCUGUACAAAACUGAAUAUUCCUUACUUGUCAUUACAUCUCUGGCUUCAGGUUUGUGGGAGUUUCUUUCUCAUGCAGGAGAAAAAACCCAUUUCCUGCUCUAAUCUGCAAGUGGACCCCAGGCACAUCCUUGCUGUGCCUCCUUUGUGCAGGUGUGCUCCCUCCCAGUGCAGGGACAGCAGGGAUGUGGGGCAUGUGGGUUUGACACCCCUGUCCCUUGUGCUGCUGGAAUGGAGCCUGCUGAGCCCUCAGCCCCGCUGGGUCUGUGCCAGGGCUGCUGUGCCACUGCCAGCUCCAAGUUACAAGUGCCAUCACUGCUCUCAGUGUUUCCAUCACACUGCACAGGCCCCAUGAAAAUGCUCCAAAGCACCAGCUCUUGAGGGCUGUCGAGCACCGCCAAACUCAGCUCCUUGCACACAGUGGCUGGAAGAGGCUUUUUUGUUUGUUUUUUCCUUCAAACUGCUUUGCAGACAUUUUUCUAUGGGCCUGCCCACCCUGGCAUAAGAAGGACUUUGGGUGAGCAGGUCCAGGUGAGUCAGAGCCAAUUCCCUCCCCUCACUCAGCUGCAGGAGACUCCAGCUGGGAACAGCCUUAAUGUGUUUGAAGUGCAAGUAAUUGUUAGACACUUCUAGGACAAGAGGUAAAUGUAUCUUCAUCUUAGAGAUGGUAGAAAUAAGACACAGAUCUGGGUCCACAACUAGCUAAAAUUCAGGUUAUACGUUUUUUUUGCAUUAAAUUUAAAUCAAUUCUUCUUUGCAUUUGAAUUAGAAAUCACCCAGAACAGUAUUGUACCUAAAAACUUGAAAAAUAAUUUGAUUUAUUUGUUAUAUUUACACAUUUGUCUUUAAGCUAAAAUUUGAACUUUUUUCUAAUGGUCUUGUGUCAUCAGCUCCAGUUUUAGCCCUUCACAUCUUUUUGCUAUUUAGUAAGUAUUUUAAUAGAAGUAAUUUCUUCUCUUAGCCCAGUCAGUAUCAGUGUUAAAAGUUCAGCUGCUCAGGUGUCAGCUGCCAAGGAAAGCAUUCAGCUUAGUAACCCAUCACUUCCUACUUCUUUUAAAUCUUUCUUAAUGAGGUUUUGUAAUAAAUAAAGAUUAAUACCACCAUGACAACACUGUUUUUUUCAAAUUGUUCAUUUGCCAGUUUUAACAAGAUAAAGAAAUGAAUACUUAAUGUGGACAUUGUUUUACCAAAAAAAAAAAAAAAAAAAAAAACCCCAACCCC